UCUGAGGGGCUAGACGCUUGUGAAAUGUGUCGCCAUCAUAUGCAAAUGUGGCGGUAUUAAGAAUUGUUUACCAGCUGCUGCGGGCUAUAAUUCUGCGUGUUUAUGUUUCUGUAAAAGUGCUUAGAAACGUUUAAUUCGUCGUAAACGUAAUAUUAUGUUUUCGGAAUAAUCUUUACUUGAAGUGUAUAUAAUUUAGAACUGAGGAUUUUAAAAAUUUGAGAAUUUUUACUUGGGUACACUUCGAUGCAUGAAGGGUGAGUAUGACAUUUUGAAAAUAUUCAGAGAAAUAACCUUCAGGCAAAACAGACCAUGUUGUACAUCAGAAUCACAGAUUCUGAUAAACUCAUCAUUUAUUAGAGGCUUUCUCAAUGAAUUUGGACGAAUUGAGUGUUAAGGCUGUAUAUCACGAUAAUGCACAGGUAUUUGAUUGCAAAAGAAAGGACUUUUUAACAGAGAUAUCAAAACGUUUUGGUGUGAAUGAAAAUGAAAUAUUAAUUUUUGAAUCUUCGAAAAACUCUAGGAGACAAAUCUCAGUUGAUAGUUUAAAACCAGUUUCUAAAGUAGAAAUUAUGCAAAGGACUUCUCCUCCUAGAUUUUUAAAUGGCCAAAGGCCUAGCUUAUCAAAUAAAAAAACAGAAGUAGAAUUAUGCAUCAUUUCAAAAUUAAGGGAGAAUCGAGCGUUAAAUGGCACUGAGAGAAAAUUCUUAAUUGAGCUGAUUGAGAAUGAUGUUGAAAAUAGAUCAUCAAAACAAAAUCUUAUGACUGAAAAGAGAGAUAAAAAUGUAACCGUUUGCAAUAAAAAAGUUCAAGUUAGUUCUCCGACCCUGACUACAGAUGCUAUAACACAAACAGAAUCAGUGGAACCAAAGGAAUUAACAGGAGCUAAUCAUAGUAAGAAAAGAAAAAAUGACCAGGUCGAAUUACAAAUCAAACGCAUUGCUAGAAACGGAAAUCUUGAUAGAGCUGAGGUUACUAGGUUGUUAGCUGAGUCAUAUGACAAUAGAAGACACUUCAUUCUUCAUGAUCUCCCUCUUGUACAGCAUGUAAAAGAAAAAUACCCUCUUCUUUUUACAUUUGAAGAAGUUAAAAAUGAGUUAGAGCGUAUUUGUCAUCAUGGAGUAUGUGAUGAUUUCCUGAAAAACAUAGAAAAAUAUGCUGAAACUGUGUUACAUAGUGUUCCUUCAACAGAUCCAUUAUUAAUGAAAACUUUCAGAAAGUUGGAGAGGUGUACAACAGAGAUCCAGAAAAAUUAUGCACGAAAUGUUGGGUCCAUUCUUCUUCUAUCUAAUUUUGCAAAAGAAGAAAGGAAGUAUAUAAGACUUUUGGAUAAGGAUAUUGAUCCUGGGGAUUUUCCUCAUAUUGAUGCACGCACAUCAAAGAUGAGUGAGCUAUUUCAUGACUCUGUUGUGUUUAAAAUAGUUGUCGAAGGAAAUCUUCUUUGCGAAGCUUUUACAUUUGGAGAAGCAAUACUUUGUCUUGUUGCUGCUUUUUAUAUCUUCAAUAUCAGCUAUCCAGAUGAAAAUUUCAACACAUACGUGCUUUUUGAAAAACUGUACUUAGAAUCUAACGAAACUAUUGACAUUGAUGACUGUUUACAGCAAAGUCUUAAAUUUUUGAAACUCAAAUGUGAGUCAUUGGCAAAGAAAUCUUAACAUAUGUGUAACUGUGAAUAUUUUACAAUUUAUUCAUCCUAAUGAAUUUUAUUGCAAACAUUGUGCAUAAGUUAUUACAAAUAAAGCAUGGCGAAUAUUUUUAUGUGUAAAAUGUUACUUGGGUAUUUAUCUUUUCUGCUUUGUUGGCAUCUAAUGCUAACAUUUAUUUUCAUACUUCUUAUUGUUAUCCUGACAGUAAUAAUUUAAACGUAUCUUCUCGUUAAUUUCUUUUUUAAAUUUUCGAGUAUGUUUUUCUUUAUUUUCCUUUUAGGAAUUUAAAAAAUUUUUCAUUUUAGGUUUAAAUGUAUCGACAAUGUUUCUGCGAUUUAUUUUAUUUUUUCAUUCCUCCAAGAAGAAAGUAGCUUCUUACUAAUAGUAAAAUAUUUUCAGAAAGUAUCACUUGUUUUCUUUAAGCUGUCUUUGCCUUGAAAGUUUUUCAUAGAUAUGUUAGAUACUACUUUGUUAUUUAAAAAAAAUUAACCUGUCAUAAAAUUUAAAAUAUUUAAUUUAUAUUAAUUUAUACAGUGGUUGGUACAAUUAUUGAUGACAGUGAUGCUGUAAAAAUGAUAAAUUAGAUUUACUAAUUUUAGGUAUUAUUUUCCUUGGUCUCAUUCUCUCUCUAACAAUAUUUUUGUACUUUUAAUAAAUAUUGUGUUACUUUUAUCACAAUAAAAGUAUUAUGCAUUGUGUGAAUUCAUUCUAUUUUGUAAUUAUGUUUAAAAUGUUAAAUUUUUGCUCUAUAUUGAAUAAUAUAUAACUGCUGAUAGAAAUAACUUUGUCUUGAAUUGAAAGAAAAAAAAAACUAUAUAAUUUGCUUGUUUAUUUGGUGAACUGUUGCAUAUAUUUUUAUCACAGAGUAUAUAGAAUGAACUAUUGGGUAAUCACCAUGAUUUUUCAGCAUAUUCACAUGGAGUAAUAUUUGUUAUAUCAUAUAUGUUGAAAAAAAAAACUAGAAGUUAUUCUGUGUUUGGAGUGAAAGGCAUUGCAGCAUAUAAUGUUAAUCUUAUAACUAUGUUAAAAUUCAUAAAGAUUGAUGCUAGAUUAUUCAUUAUUAUGUAAAUAAAAUUGUUUUUAGUAUAUG